GCCAGAGCAAGUCGGGAGGCGGGGCUUAUCUGAGUGAACGCUUCCGGAGUAGAGCGGAUAGUAACACACAUGGUGCUUUCUCAUGUUGGUGAAUGCACUGCGGCCAACAAUACUUGUCUGGGUUAGAACUGUCACACCGCAUCCUCAUCCUUCGAAAGUGUGCUUUUUCUCUAACCUGUCAAGGAUUCUUCAAAAAUCCCAUCACAAGCGAGAAAUCUUUCCUGCUCUUCAACAGUUUUCCUCCUUGUGCAGAUUCGUGCCCAUGGAGGACAAGGAGGCUACGACGGAGCUGAUUCAUCUUGGGGAGAAGCGAGCUUGCCCUGAGGAGGAUUCAGAACAUACUGCCAAGAAAGCCCGACUUCAGGAUGAAGCCAAUGGCAGCCAUGUCACCAAACCUGCAGAGGAAGAUGAAGAGGAGGGUGGAGAAGAGGUGCCUUUGGAGGAUGAAGAUGGAGAAGGCGAGAGCUUUGCUGAUAUGAUGAAACAUGGCCUCACGGAAGUGGAUGUCGGAAUCCAUAAGUUUGUCAGCGAUCAUAAAGGAUUCUCUGGAAUCUUGAAAGAGAGAUACUCUGAUUUCGUCGUUCAUGAGAUUAACAAGGAGGGGAAGAUCGUGCGGCUACAUGACCUCUCCAUACCCGUAGAACCAGAGGAAACAUCUGCAGAAACCGAGCCGGUAGAAUGUCAGGACCUGACAGAAGAGCAAAAACAACAGCUUGGUGAUCUGCAGCUAUUCAAAAACAAAGAGGGAAAUGUGGCUAUUGAGGUGGAAGGAGAUUCCAAGGAGAAGCGUACUUUGCUUCAUAAAGCAAUCAAAGCCCUUUACCCAGGACUGGAGACCAAAACUGAGGAAAGAGAGGGGAAGAGGUUCAUAGUGGCGUAUCAUGCAGCUGGGAAAAAAGCACUAGCAGCACCGAGAAAACACUCAUGGCCUAAGAACCGUGGCAGCUUCUGCCAUUUUGUGCUUUACAAGGAGAAUAAAGACACCAUGGAUGCCAUCAACGUCCUCUCCAAAUUUCUCAGGGUUCGACCCAAUGUCUUCUCCUACAUGGGCACCAAAGACAAGAGAGCCAUCACUGUGCAAGAGAUCGCUGUGUUAAAAAUCAGCGCAGAACGCUUGGCUCACCUCAAUAAGUGCCUGAUGAACUUCAAACUGGGAAACUUCAGCUAUAAAAAGCACCCACUGAAACUAGGAGAGCUGCAGGGGAACCAUUUCACAGUGGUACUCAGGAACAUCUCGGGCUCUGAGGAACAGGUGGAACAGGCCAUGACAUCACUCAGGGACACAGGUUUCAUCAACUAUUAUGGCAUGCAGCGCUUUGGCACUACAGCUGUACCCACACACCAGGUUGGCAGAUCCAUCUUGCAGAACAACUGGACUGAAGUGAUGGACCUGAUCCUAAAGCCACGGCCUGGGGCGGAGAAGGGCUAUCUGGUGAAGUGUAGAGAGGAAUGGGCCCAGACCCAAGAUCCUGAAGCAGCUCUGAAGAAAUUGCCUGUAAAACGCUGUGUAGAGGGACAGCUGCUGAGAGGCCUGUCAAAGUAUGGAAAAAAGAACAUCAUUACAGCGUUUGGACUGAUCCCUCGCAACAACAGGCUCAUGUACAUCCACAGCUACCAGAGCUUUGUGUGGAACACCAUGGUCAGCAGGAGAGUGGAUGCCUAUGGCCUUAAAGCUGUGGAGGGAGACUUGAUACUCAAAGGAGGCACUGCUCACAUCCUGACUGCAGAGGAAGCUGAUAAGCACUCCAUUCAUGAUAUUGUGAUGCCACUACCUGGAUUUGAUGUCAUCUAUCCCACACACGACGUGGGGAAAGGCUACAGAGACAUGCUGGCGGCCGAUAAUCUGGACAUCGAUAACAUGAGGCAUAAAGUACGUGAUUAUUCACUGGCUGGAGCUUACCGCCGUAUCCUCAUAUGCCCUAAAGAUGUCAGCUGGGAGCUGAUUCAUUAUGAUGACCCUAAAGUGCCUCUGGUCCACACAGAUGUAGAGAAACUGGAAAACAAACCAGCACCAGUUUAUUUGACAGAGGGUAAAUACAAGGCACUGAAGAUGGAGUUCUCCCUCCCUCCAUCUACCUACGCCACCAUGGCCAUCAGAGAAGUGCUCAAAAUGGACACCAGCAUCAAGAACCAGACACAGCUUAAUACCGUGUGGCUAAACUAAGGACCCUUCAUCUGUCUGGAGUUUUAUUUUCCCCACAAGCUUUUGUUUUUAGUAACUCAAAACAGAAAUAAGCACAGAGUUGCUCAGUAUUUAAUUUCUUAACUUUUUAACAAGCUUAGACAUCAGUGAGUAUAACCCUUAUGUUUCAUAGAACUUUAUUGCCCUGUCUUAGCAGGAUUGACCACCCUGUUCUUGAUGAAUGCGUGUUAUUUUUUUGUCUGAUAUCAGACUGUGCUCUAGGCAUACAGAUCAGAGAUAAAUAAAUACAAUGUCUUUUUUUUGUAUUUGCAAAAUGAUGUUUUGUGAAUAUAAUUAAAUCCACUAUGUUUUAAAACCCCAUCUUUGGAGUAGCCUUAUAU